UAUAACUAAAAAAAAGUUUCAUUUUUUCUUGAGGGGAAAAAAUGAAAAAUUAUGAUUAUCCUCUUUUGGCAUAUUUUGUGAUUAUUACUUUUUCCACAAGAUGUUUUUGUGAAGCAAGAGAGUUUGUUGUGGAUGGAAAAGAAAAUUCUUGGAAAAUUCCUUCUUCACCUAAUGAACUUAAUAAGUGGGCUGAGAAAAAUCGUUUUCAGAUUGGAGAUUAUAUUGUUUUGAACUAUGAUCCAAAGUCAGACUCAGUACUAGAAGUGAAUGAAGAAGAUUACAACAAUUGCAACAAGGCCCAGCCCAUUAAAACAUAUAAAGAUGGAGAAACCAAGAUUUUGCUUGACAAAUCAGGCCCAUUUUUCUUCAUAAGUGGAGCAAAUGGACAUUGUGAAAAUGGCCAAAAACUUCAACUUAAAGUCUUGUCACCUCAACAUAGUUCAUCAAAUGAUCAUUUUACGGCAUCGGCUCCGGUGAAAUUUAUCACUCCGGCACCGUCUCCGGUGAGUGGAAGUAGUGGCAUGAAAAUUGGGAUCAUUGGAGGGUUUAUGGUUAUGUUAGCAAGUUUUAUUGUUCUUGCCUAGUCUUGAGUUUUAAAUUUUAGUGUUUUUUUUUGUUAGCCAUGAUGUAGUGCAUGGUUUAUUUAUGAAAAUUUUGUUGGUUUUUGUUUAUCACUUUAUUCAUUAGUAGUAGUAUUUCUUUUGUGGUUUUUGGUUAUCUUUGACAUGUUAUUGGAGAUAUUUGUGCAA